ACAAAAGAGCGAAUGCUUUGAGCGCAAACUCGUCCUGUACAUCAAACCCCGUCAGCGCACUGACGAUAACGACUUUUCCCUAAGAACAGCGAUGAGAAACAUAUUCGCUGUAUACGUGUCAGAGGCAGCAUGCAGGCGCUGGAACGAAAAUAUGCCAGCUAUGCGAGAUCGACUGCUGGCACAGACCACCAUGUGCAUGAUGGCCGCCUAGACGUAACGUAUGGUUGGCACCGCCGAGGAAGCGCCGGGAAGACGUUUCAUCCAUCGCAGUCCCCUCGGCAUACCCGUAAUUAUUGUUAUUCCCAAGCGCGAGAUGAUAGCUUCCGUCGGCAGCCUGUGUUGAUCCAAGGGGACUCCGCCACGAACCGCGAUGGCGGACUUUGUGAUGCUACUAGCGCUCGCUGGAGCGAUGUUCGUGGGCAGCUACAUGAGUGGAAUGGUUCCGCUAUCGGUUCCUCUAACAGAGGCUCGGCUACACUUGGUCUCUGUGUUCGGCGCCGGGCUACUAGUGGGCACGGCGCUUAGUGUCAUCAUCCCCGAAGGCAUCAGCACGUUGUACCUGACGCAGAUCAAGGAGCUGGUGCACGAUGCGCAGACCGAGGCGCACAACGGUCAGAAGCCCGGCGACGCCACCCUGACCGCUGCCAGCGGAUCGAGCCACCACGGCCACUCGCACGAUGACGACCUCCACGGUAAACUCGAAGCGAUAGACCCCCGCAACCUGGUCGGCAUCACGCUCGUGCUGGGUUUCCUCUUCAUGCUGCUCGUCGACCAGCUCAUCUCCCAGCACAAGCAUCACAAGGCUCUAGCCAUGGCCGUUAGCGACCCCGAGGGAUCGAGCUCGAUACAUAUGCAGGGGCGCAGCUUCACAGCCACCCUGGGCUUGGUGGUCCAUGCCGCCGCCGACGGCGUGGCUCUUGGGGCAGCGGCGACAACGUCAAACCUCGACACCGAGGCAGUCGUCUUCCUGGCCAUAAUGCUUCAUAAGGCGCCGGCAGCGUUCGCCCUGGUGUCGUUCCUCAUGCACGAGACCGUGGAGCGUUCCACGAUCCGCAAGCACUUGCUCAUUUUCUCGCUGGCAGCGCCGUUACUAGCCAUCAUAACCUUCCUCGCAAUAAACAGGGGUGCCCCCCAGUCUAUCGCGUCGCAGAACGCAACGGGAGUGGCUUUGCUCUUCAGCGCCGGCACAUUCCUGUACGUCGCCACGGUCCACGUGCUUCCCGAGCUGGUGGUGCGCCACACCACGCACCAGGCGGACAAUAGGGGACGCAUGAACACCCCGCCGAAUGAGGGCUUCACCAGGACCGACGUGCUGGCCAUCGUCGUCGGCACGCUCUUGCCCACGAUCCUCACGGUUGGGCACCACGGUCACUAGUCGUCGCGAGCUAGUCGUCUCGUCAAAGUGCAUCCUGUGCUCAAAGUGACUUUGACUGCCAGUUCAUUAAAAGUGGCAGAGAAGAGAUACAAAAACUGCUUAGAGACGAUCGGCCGAUCUCCCCGGUUUUUCCGAUCGACUGUUGUCGCCGACGAACAGAUGUUAAAGACAUUCGUCAUUUUUUACGGACACCAACUCGUUCUUCGUCGAUCUGGACGUGCUCGCUUCAACGAGCACGGAACACUGGCGGGCGUGACAGCGACGCGUCACUCGUGCGCGCGGCUCUCCGCGUCACCGCCGAUUCUCCGAGGAACGACAGGUUUCUGUGGCAACGUCGUUCGCUCCUCGGAAUAUGUCGCUUGUAAUUAUACAAUUAUGCAUUUUUGCGCUUUUUCCCGGUUUUUGUUCUUUUCCAGAAUACUGGACGCCCAGUCACGGCUGUACAUUCCGAAGGAACGAUGCGUGACCAGGAAAUCAACUGUCAUGUUUUCCGCGUUAUUUCUCGAUUGUGUCGGUGUGUUCUCAUGAUACCUGUAUUUCUUCUUUCCUUCUCUACAGACUUGCAUUGCAUGCAUUAAAUGCUAGUCCAAUGCAGACAGUAAAACACACUUGUCUAUAAUUUCUUGCAGUGUAUAAAAAAAACAAAAACGGGAUGGUUGCUCAUUGUAACAAGGUAUUCAUCAUUCGACAUCGCCUCGUCCAUGUUUUUUGACCGAUACGGUGUGUGCGUGAAUCACCAGAUGGCAGCUACGUUCCGUUUUUAUACUGCUUUAGGAUGUUACGUUUGGGAUGAUUUUUUUUUUUUCAUCCCAUAACACUGUUUACUGGAAUGUGCCCCAUGUUUAAAUGAAGUAUAUUUACAAAGUAAGGAAGUGUACAACUUAGAAACUUCUUUUGUUUAAAACCAGAAAUAAAUGUACAAAUUGUCAAGUAUUUCUUUUUUUUUAAUGUUUUACUGGUACUGCCACUAUGUUCAACACUGUUUAUAAAUGCAAACUUUCAGAUUUCAAUGCAGGAGCUUAGAAACAAGCUUGUUCAUUAUACUUGCGAAAGAAACGUUUUCCGACGUACGGGUUUCUUGUCCGUAAUCAUUCAUUUUCAUUGUAGUUAGUACAGCAUAUUCAGUUUUAUUGAAAUAAAUUCCUGCUUAGAGUUGUGCA